GAGGCGGCGGCGACCCGCUCCCCGCUCCCCGCUGCCCGCUCCUCCUCCGGGCCCGCCAGCCCAGGCCGCUCCCCGGGGCCCGAAGAUGCCGGCCGUGUCGAAGGGGGACGGGAUGCGGGGUCUGGCGGUCUUCAUCUCCGACAUCCGCAACUGUAAAAGUAAAGAAGCAGAAAUAAAGAGAAUAAACAAGGAACUGGCAAACAUUAGAUCAAAAUUUAAAGGUGACAAGGCUCUUGACGGCUAUAGUAAAAAAAAAUACGUCUGCAAGUUGCUCUUCAUCUUUCUGCUGGGCCAUGACAUUGACUUUGGGCACAUGGAGGCCGUGAACCUGCUGAGCUCCAACAGAUACACGGAGAAGCAGAUCGGCUACCUCUUCAUCUCUGUGCUGGUGAACUCCAACAGCGAGCUGAUCCGGCUCAUCAACAACGCCAUCAAGAACGACCUGGCCAGUCGGAACCCCACCUUCAUGGGCCUGGCCCUGCACUGCAUUGCCAACGUGGGCAGCCGCGAGAUGGCCGAGGCCUUUGCUGGGGAGAUUCCGAAAAUCCUCGUAGCUGGAGACGCCAUGGACGGUGUGAAGCAGAGCGCCGCCCUGUGCUUGCUGCGCCUGUACCGAACGUCUCCUGAUCUCGUCCCCGUGGGAGACUGGACGUCCCGAGUGGUGCACCUUCUCAACGACCAGCAUUUGGGUGUGGUGACCGCCGCCACCAGCCUCAUCACCACCUUGGCGCAGAAGAACCCUGAGGAGUUCAAGACGUCUGUCUCCCUGGCUGUCUCCAGAUUAAGCAGGAUUGUGACGUCCGCAUCCACAGACCUGCAGGAUUAUACGUACUACUUUGUCCCGGCGCCCUGGCUGUCCGUGAAGCUCCUGCGGCUGCUGCAGUGCUACCCACCCCCAGAAGACCCUGCAGUGCGAGGUCGCCUGACCGAGUGCCUGGAGACCGUUCUGAACAAAGCUCAGGAACCUCCAAAGUCGAAAAAAGUGCAGCAUUCCAACGCCAAGAACGCCGUGCUCUUCGAGGCGAUCAGCCUGAUCAUUCACCACGAUAGUGAGCCGAACCUGCUCGUCCGCGCCUGUAAUCAGCUGGGCCAGUUCCUGCAGCACCGUGAGACCAACCUGCGCUACCUGGCGCUGGAGAGCAUGUGCACGCUGGCCAGCUCCGAGUUCUCCCACGAGGCGGUCAAGACGCACAUCGAGACCGUCAUCAACGCUCUGAAGACGGAGCGGGAUGUGAGUGUGCGACAGCGGGCCGUGGACCUCCUCUACGCCAUGUGUGACCGCAGCAGCGCCCAGCAGAUCGUGGCUGAGAUGCUGAGCUACCUGGAGACGGCCGACUACUCCAUCCGAGAAGAGAUUGUGCUGAAGGUGGCCAUCUUGGCGGAGAAGUAUGCCGUGGACUACACGUGGUACGUGGACACCAUCCUGAACCUGAUCCGGAUUGCUGGUGACUACGUGAGCGAGGAGGUGUGGUACCGCGUCAUCCAGAUUGUCAUCAACCGGGACGAUGUGCAGGGCUAUGCCGCCAAGACGGUGUUUGAGGCUCUUCAGGCCCCGGCGUGCCAUGAGAACCUGGUCAAAGUGGGGGGCUACAUCCUGGGGGAGUUCGGAAACUUGAUAGCCGGCGACCCAAGAUCCAGCCCCUUGAUCCAGUUCAACCUGCUUCACUCCAAGUUCCACCUGUGCAGCGUCCCCACCAGGGCGCUGCUCUUGUCCACCUACAUCAAGUUCGUGAACCUCUUCCCGGAGGUGAAGGCCACCAUUCAGGACGUGCUGCGCGGGGACAGCCAGCUGAGGAACGCAGACGUGGAGCUGCAGCAGCGGGCUGUGGAGUACCUGAGGCUCAGCACGGUCGCCAGCACUGACAUCCUGGCCACCGUCCUGGAGGAGAUGCCGCCGUUUCCUGAGCGCGAGUCUUCCAUCCUGGCCAAGCUCAAGAAGAAGAAGGGCCCGAACACAGUGACGGACCUGGAGGAGGCCAAGCGGGAGAGGAGCACGGAUGUCAACGGGGCCCCUGAGCCUGCCCCAGCCAGUCUGUCGGCUGUGUCCACACCUUCUCCAUCGGCAGACCUCUUGGGUCUGGGGGCCGCACCCCCUGCCCCCGCAGGCCCCCCACCCUCCUCCGGCGGGCUGCUCGUGGACGUGUUCUCAGAUUCACCCUCCGCAGUUGCGCCACUGGCUCCCGGCUCCGAAGACAACUUUGCCAGGUUUGUCUGUAAAAACAAUGGUGUGCUGUUUGAAAACCAGCUGCUUCAGAUCGGACUGAAGUCUGAGUUCCGGCAGAAUUUGGGCCGCAUGUUUAUAUUUUACGGAAAUAAGACCUCCACGCAGUUCUUAAGUUUCACUCCAACGCUGAUCUGUUCCGACGACCUUCAGACGAAUCUGAGCUUGCAGACCAAGCCUGUGGACCCGACUGUGGAUGGCGGCGCACAGGUGCAGCAGGUCGUGAACAUAGAGUGUGUGUCUGACUUCACGGAGGCCCCGGUCCUCAACAUCCAGUUCAGGUAUGGGGGAACCUUUCAGAAUGUGUCUGUUAAGCUGCCUAUCACACUCAACAAAUUUUUCCAGCCCACAGAAAUGGCUUCUCAAGAUUUCUUCCAGCGCUGGAAGCAGCUGAGCAGUCCCCAACAGGAGGUGCAGAACAUUUUCAAAGCAAAGCAUCCAAUGGACACAGAAAUCACCAAAGCCAAGAUCAUCGGGUUUGGUUCUGCGCUUCUGGAAGACGUUGAUCCCAAUCCUGCGAAUUUCGUGGGGGCCGGCAUCAUACACACCAGAACCACCCAGAUCGGGUGCCUUCUGCGUUUGGAGCCGAAUCUGCAAGCCCAGAUGUACCGGCUGACGCUGCGCACGAGUAAGGAGGCCGCCUCGCGGAGGCUGUGCGCACUGCUGUCCGAGCAGUUUUGAUCGACGAGGACGGAGGACCAGGCUCCUGCGUGUCGCGCUUUCCUUCAUCUCUGCCCUUUGUCUUCGUUGCCGUGCCGCGAAUAAACGGGCCUGUCCCCAGGCGUC